UUUUUUCCCUCCGGCCAUACUUUUUCCCCGGCGAUUUAUGAACCCUAAAUAAAACGCCGGACAACAACAAAAAGCUCUAUAUUAAUUAAUUCUCUCCACUGCGAAAUCAUUUUCUUUUCUUUUCUUUUUGGAACAUGGAGAAUUCGCUGCUUGAUUCUGAGGAAACUAUGGAGAUGGUUACUACACAGAAAAUCGAGGAAACAGUGAAGGGAAUACUCAGAGAAGCCGACAUGGAUCAGAUGACUGAGUUCAAGCUCCGAAUCGCCGCCUCGGCUAAACUCGGUCUCGACUUGUCGAGGACCAAUCACAAGAAUGUAGUCAGAGAUGUUCUCGAGGCCUUUUUGCUAUCAAAUCCCGACGACGAUACUGCCCCCGGUGAAGCAAUUGUACAGGAGACGGUGGCUCCGGCGAAUAAAGAGACAGUUUCUGGUGCUGCUGUUUCCGCUGGUGGUGAAGAUGAACGUUUUAUCUGUAAGUUAUCGGAGAGGCGAAAUGCGACGGUUCAUAAAUACAAGGGCCAAGCUUUUCUAUCGAUUGGGGAGAGCUCUCAGGAAAAUGGAAAGCCUUUUAGAGGAGUUAAUUUGUCAACUAACCAAUGGUCUGUGAUCAAGAAGAAUUUUACAGCGAUUGAGGAAGGUAUUAAGCUCUGCCAAUCAAAAUUAACUUCUGAGUCAAAACAAAACGGAGAUGCUUGUGAGGCUGUGGAUAACAACAGCACUUGCGGUUUUUCUAUCAUCGAGACUUCACGUUUUGAUGGGAGGAACUAUCUUUGCUGGGCAUCACAGAUGAAACUCUUUCUAAAGCAGUUGAAUCUGAGCUAUGUUCUCUAUGAACCCUGUCCUGUUACCAAUAGCUCUCAAGCCCCUGAAACCAACCCCAGAGGAGCUGAUGCUGCGAAGAAAAAUUGGUUGAGAGAUGAUUACCUCUGCCACAAUCACUUGUUGAACUCCUUGUCAGAUCAUCUAUACCGUCAGUACUUGAAGAAGUUCAAGCAUGCCAAAGAGCUGUGGGACGACUUAAAAUGGGUCUACCAGUGUGAGGAAUCCAACUCGAAGAGGUCACAGGUCAGAAAGUACAUCGAGUUCAAAAUGGUGGAAGAGAGACCGGUUCUUGAGCAAGUCCAAGAGGUUAACAAGAUUGCGGAUUCCAUAGUGAGUGCCGGUAUGUUUCUCGAUGAGACAUUUCACGUGAGUACCAUCAUUUCCAAGUUUCCACCGUCGUGGAGCGGCUUCAGCACCAGGCUGAUGGAAGAGGAGUACUUACCGGUCUGGAUGUUGAUGGAGCGAGUGAAAGCUGAGGAGCUUCUGAGAAACGGAGCACAAAGGGUUACGUAUAGACCAUCCACGGGGUCUUCUCAGAUGGAAAGGAUGCAGAGCCUUGGAACAACGCAUAGGGGAUCUCAGAGCAUAGGUUGGAAGAGGAAAGAGCCCGAGAGAGACGGGAGAGUCACCAUCGUCUGUGACAACUGUGGGAGGAGAGGACAUCUCGCCAAGAACUGUUGGGGUAAGACAUCCGAUGAGAGAGCUUCCGGGAAACCGAAUCGGGUUACUUAUUCAGCCACUGCACCUGUGGUGGUUUCAGAGACUCGAGCAACAACCAACGAUGGUAAGAGUAGUAGCUGAUGAUGGCUGAAAGCAAAAUGCUUUUAUAACUCCUGAUCACAAAAUCGCAAUGGCAGAUGAGAGUCAAUAUACAUGCCAAGAGGAUCAGCGAAUUAAAGGUGGCUCUUCUGAAGCAUCUCUUCAUUAUGUUUUUUUCUUAGUCCUCUGUCUGGUCUUAGAAUGGUGAAACUAGUUCUGGGCAGAGGGAGAUGGGAAAUAGAACAGUUUUGGCCUGAAUUAAUGUAAAAGCAAUUUGGGUAAAUGAGAAUUGUAAUUGAGAGAAUCCUUUAACAGUUGUAUAUAAACCAAAACACCAUUCACACACACUAACAAACCAAACAGAUCAACUUUAAGUCCAAACCUUAACAUAACAACCAACUGGUUCGAAUCAGGCUUCUUCAUUAACUACCUAUGUGGUUGCCUCUUGAUUCUCCAUCUCCUAGGUAUAAAGCCGGUUGCGAAGGUUGCAUUGAACAUUACAACAACAGAAGCCAUUGUUGGUCUACUCUCUGCUUUCUCUUGAACACAUAACAAACCAAUGUGUUCUGGAGCCAUGUAACCGCUCAUUGCAUAUCCUGGAGCCAUGUAACCGCUGCAAGGACCAAAUAAAUUUCGUUUUUUCUCAUUAACAGAACUGAUAGAAGUUAAAUUAUACUUUUUUGUUUUUGUUUUAAGGCAGC